AUGAAGUACAGAUUAGCAAUUUUCAAUGCUGAUUUACCAAUGGCUCCCGUCAGACAUAACUAUGGCGAUUAUGCAGACAUGUUCAAAAACAUGUUUACAAGAGCUGCAGCUUGCUAUGAUUCCUCCAUAGAUUUUUGCUUUUCUACCUAUAACGUUUAUAAAGAAGAUAUCUAUCCUAGUGAAGAAGAGCUUCGCGAACUUGAUGCUAUAGCUAUCACCGGUUCAAAGUUUUGCGCUGGUGACGAUAUUCCUUGGAUUAAAAAGCUUACCGAAUUUAUGAAAAACAUCAUUGACAAUUACCAAAAUAUUAAAGUGCUAGGAAUUUGCUUUGGCCAUCAGAUUAUAGGAAGAGCUUUUGGUUCAUCCGUUGUCGUCAAUCCAAACGGAUGGGAAAUUGCACCUUACGAACUUCAGCUAACGGAAAUUGGAAAAAGGGUUUUCUCUAAAGACUCUCUAAUUAUCAAUCAGAUGCAUAAAGAUAUUGUCUCGGAAGUUCCCAAUGGCUUUGAGUUGUUAGGUAGUACUAAAACAUGUGCAGGUCAAUCCUUUUUAAAAGGACGGCAGGUUCUUUCCUUUCAGGGACAUCCAGAAUUCAGCAAAGAUGUCGACGGCUUGUUUACCGAAGAAGAGUUCAGUGAUGCAGAAAACCGCUUAAAACUGAAUACAGAUACCUCGCUCCUUGAGCUGACAGUUAUAAAAUUCUUAAUGGGAAAUUUGAUUGUGUAG